GUAAACACAAUAUAAAUGUAAGAAUCGUUUGAAUUGUAUUUACAGUAAAGCGAGCGAUGAGUGAAGUGUCGCAACCCAUGAGACAGACGUGCCUUCCGUUCGGCCACUCAUUUAGCCAUUGAUUCAGUCAUUCAUUCAUUGAUUAUAUAAUUAGUAAUCGAAAUGUCGUUUCAAUACAAAUACCUCUCAAACGCUCACUUAAAGGGAUUUGAAAACUAUAAGUAUAGUUCACUGGACACGAGUCCGCUCAGCAACUAUGUUAUGCACCCCUUUUGGAACUUCACGGUUAAGAUUGUUCCCACAUGGUUAGCACCAAAUCUCCUCACAUUUACCGGAUUUCUAUUUACUGUCGGCAAUGGAUUACUGCUUACUAUUUAUGAUAAAGAUUUUUGUGGUUCAAGCGAUGCCUACAAAUGGUGUUUACCUGUGCCGGCGUGGGUAUGGCUGGCCUGCGCUGUGAGUCACUUCUUAGCUCAUACUCUGGACGGAAUCGAUGGCAAACACGCCAGACGUACCAAUUCUAGCGGUCCAUUGGGUGAACUGAUGGACCACGGAUUGGACAGUUGGACCGCUCUAUUCAUUCCGUUCUGUAUUUAUUCAAUUUUCGGUCGCGAAGACUACAGUGAAAGUCCAAUGCGAAUGUUAUUCAUAUUUUGGACAGUAUUUUUGACAUUUUAUUUGUCUCAUUGGGAGAAAUACAACACCGGAAUCCUAUACCUGCCCUGGAGUUACGACGCCUCACAGAUAGCACUUUUCUCCAUGUAUUUGCUUACAUACUUUGGUUCGUAUAAAUACUGGAAAUUUAUGGUUCCGGUGCUCAACAUCUCCAGCGGUCGUCUCUUCGAACUCAUUUCUUAUGUGGGAAGUUUUAUAGUGUCGGCGCCCGUCACUGUAUAUAAUGUGUAUUCGUGUAAACACUUAAAACAGCCGACUUUCUGGGAAUCGUUUCGACCACUCGUUCCUCUAAUAGUGUUGUUCUCGAUAACGACGGGUUGGGCGGCCUUUUCACCCAACAAUGUGAUCGAUCGCGAGCCAAGAACUUUCUACUUCAUGGUCGGAACUGUCUUCGCCAACAUUGCUUGUCGGCUAAUUGUAAGUCAAAUGUCUUCUACGAGAUGUGAAGCCGUGAAUUGGUUUCUACUGCCGUUAGCGGUGACCGUAAUGGCGGUGACCACUCUUCCGAUGUCCGAACGCCAGGAGGUGUUACUCUUACGAAUGAACUCUAUAUUGUUUUGCUUCCUUCACAUCCAUUACGGCGUGUGUGUUGUGCGGCAAAUGUGUGAUCACUUUAGAAUCAAUUGCUUCUCCCUUAAGAAGAGGGACAACAGUGAAGAAGCUACCAAUAAUACGACAGCUAUUAGUCUGAAUAACAGCCGAAACGAUGGCCAACCCAUUGGUCACGUGUUGGCCAAGAAGUCGCAGCCAAAGACGAAAUGUGUUGAGAGCUGUUCCCGUCCGACAAAGAGACCGCCCUCUGAGAGACGGUUCAAAUGCGAUCAAUGCGAACGGAUGUUUUUCACGCGAAAGGACGUGAAGAGGCAUCUGGUAGUGCACACCGGGAUCCGCAACUUCGCCUGUCCUUUCUGUACGCAACGCUUCGGACGUAAAGACCAUUUGGUUAGACACGCGAAGAAAAGCCACAAUCGGGACACUCGCUCGUCGACUGCACUCAAAGCCGGUUCCAGUUCUUCAACGCAUACCUCAAACAAAUCGCAUUCAUGUUCUUCACUAAUACAGCCAAAGACGGCGACCAUUCCUGUCGUAUUGGGACAACAGUUACCUCACAAUCACAACAAUAAUAUUAAACAAUCAUUUAAUUACGGCAACAGUCAGAGCGCAGAGCACUCGGCGUUGGUUUUGUUGUCCAAUACAAACAACAAUCACCUCAAUUCAAAUGUUGAUAACCAUUGUUCCGGUUAUGCCAACCAUUCAAACCCUAAUCUCACAAACUUAGGGAUGAAUGGCAUUCAUGCAAACGAGUCGUUAUCUCAUUACAUGUCCGGAGUUCACAGUUUUGAUGAAAUAAUGGCAUCAAAUGUUAUAAAGAGUGAGCCGUCAUUGGGUUCUCACCAUUACUUCACAUUUCCGGUCAACUCAUAUCCGCUGCCGAGCCCUUCAUUUUUGCCCAACUGUUUGGUUGCGAACUCGAGUGCAAACGUGAGUUCGUGCGGCACAACAGCCACUGUCGCAGCUUUUGGGAUACCGGUGUCUAAUAUGGCGAAUGUCUCCUCCAAUCAAAUCCAUACGACAUUCUCAGUAGACGUUAACCCAUCUCUACCUCAUUUCAAUCAAGCCUUUCAAUAACACUAACUCUUCAGUCAAAACCAAUAUUUGCUCAAAAAGUGCCUCAAAUGACAAUCAGAGCUCAAUAUUUGAUAUUAAUGUUAAUAUUAUGCUAACAAUUAUAUAUUGAAAGCGCACACAAACACAUCCAACAAAUCCAAAUCUACCUCAAAGUGACCUCAAAAAUAAUUACCUCAAAGUGACCUUAAAAUGACCUCAAAUUCUAAACAUUAAAAUCAUUCAAUAAUCACAGUUUCAGACAAU